UACCGACGGACUCGCGGACGUGUCACAGCGAUUGUGUUGGAGAUCCGGAGUCCGGAUCACCGGAUCCAUUUCCUGUUGGCGGUUCACAGCUUCUUCGGAUUCGGAGAAAGUGAGCUGCGUGCAAUCUCGUUCUCAGUCACUGCUACGGCUUCCCGUCCAGAGGAUGCUGCUGCGUAAAGUGACGUCAGUGAUUGGCGCCUCGCUGCGCCAGCAGUUGGUGCGACAGACUGGCGGCCACGGACCCGAGUCCGCCGGGCCGGUUUUGCUUGCGGUUCAGCCUCCGGGCCAGCGACGGUGGCUCUCGAAUGGUGGUCCGAAAAAAUCGCAUCCUAAAAUCCUCAUCACAGGUGGCCUCGGGCAGCUGGGCGUGGAAUGUGCCAAACUGUUGCGCAGCCAGUACGGCGACGAGAGCGUGAUUCUGUCCGACAUCAUCAAGCCGAGCGAUGCGAUCGUGAACAGUGGGCCGUACAUCUUCGCGGACAUUCUGGACUUUAAGGGCCUGCAGAAGAUUGUGGUGGCCCACCGCAUCGACUGGAUCAUUCACUUUUCCGCCCUGCUGAGUGCGAUCGGCGAGCAGAACGUCCCGCUGGCGGUGAGGGUCAACAUUGAGGGAAUGCACAACGUGCUAGAGCUGGCCAAGCAGUACAAGCUGCGUAUCUUCGUGCCGAGCACGAUCGGCGCGUUCGGACCGGACAGUCCGCGCAAUCCGACCCCGAACGUCACCAUCCAGCGGCCCCGCACCAUCUACGGGGUGUCGAAGGUGCACGCGGAGCUGAUGGGCGAGUACUACCACCACAAGUUCGGGCUGGAUUUUCGGUGCCUCCGGUUUCCGGGUGUCAUUUCGAGCGAUCCGCCCGGCGGUGGCACUACCGAUUACGCGGUGGCCAUCUUCUUCGAGGGGCUUAAGACGGGCAAGUACCAAUGCUACCUGCGGCCGGACACGAGGCUCCCGAUGAUGUAUAUCGAGGAUUGUCUGCGGUCGUUGCUCGAGUUUAUGACCGCCCCGGAGGAGAAGCUGAAGCGCCGGGUGUACAACGUGACGGCCAUGUCGUUCACGCCCGAGGAGCUGGCCCAGAAGCUGGUGGCCAAGCACAUGCCGGAGCUCCACGUUAGCUACCGGCCCGAUUCGCGCCAGCUGAUCGCCGACUCGUGGCCGCAGAUUUUCGACGAUUCCGAGGCACGACGCGACUGGGGCUGGCAGCACAAGUACGACCUAGAUAAGCUGGUCGACCUGAUGGUGCGCGAUGUAUCGGAGAACUACGUCACAAAAGGAUGACAAUGAUUGAGCGAAAUUGAACGAAUA